AUGAUUAAGGUAAUUUAUUUUAAUUUUACAGGUGUAAAGCUAUUAGAGGCAAACCCCGAUGUGAAGCGGCUCUACGAUGAUCUUCUCAGUAAUUAUAAUAGGCUCAUUCGCCCAGUCAUUAAUAAAUGGCAGGAUUACAAGUUAACCUGGGAUCCAGCAGACUACGGCGGUGUUGAGAUGUUGUACGUACCCUCGGAACACAUUUGGUUGCCAGACAAAGUGCUGUAUUGGGAUGGAAAUUAUGAGGUAUCUUUGUUUUUUACUUUAGACUUUUAUGCUCCCUACAAAGCAUGGGGAAACGUUUCAACAUGUUUUACUACAAAUUUGGCAAUAGACAAGUAG